CAGAGAAAUAGAAAGAAUGUUGGAAACAGUGAGUUCCGUAUCCGAACAGGCGGAUAAUAAGACAUUCGCUUCUUCUGACAUCAAGCUAUUGCUCUGUGGAGAUUUCAACUCUAAAACAGAUUCUGGUGUGUAUGAGUUUUUAACACAAGGUCAGCUCGCUAUAGAUCAUCCGGAUUUUCGAAAUUUGGAUUACAAAAAAGCCGUUAAUACAAUUUUUGGAAAUCCGGAAUCUGCCGAAGUAGCCCACCAUUCGCUGAAUCUUUCAUCGGCCUGUCCUGAAGAAUAUAUGCCGUAUACAUAUUAUACGUAUGGCUUCAGGGCGAUGAUCGAUUUUGUUUUUUAUGGAACAUCUAAUAUGAGACCAAUAGGAUUCUAUGGUCCUAUACAUGAUCAGUGGUUCCAUGAUAACAUAAUAGUGGGCUGUCCUAAUCGGUACAUCCCAUCGGAUCACUUUCCACUGGUGGUGCAUUUCAAGAUGGUAACUUGAAGAGUCAGUCAUCGAUUACGUGGUUGUAAAAGGUACUACAUCUUACUCUUUUUCGUCGGCUGCACAUCGGUCCUACUACACUGAGAGACAAAUUUAUUCGCCUGGAAUAAAGACGCGUACUAAAAUUUUUUCCAAAGUACCACUACGGGCGUGUUCAGAAACACACUCUAGAAGAGAAAUAUUCAACUCUUGCACGGAGAGAAGAAAAUGGUAAUAAUUACGAUGCUACAUGGCAACUAGUCCUAUUUUUUAAAGCAUAGGAAUCGAUACUAUGUAGUAUAGGAAUAAUUACCAUUCUUCUGUUAAUAUUUACUAUGCUACAUAAUAAUCAAGCUACUGGUAAAUAUUACUUUGUAGCAUUGUAAUCAAAGCCAUGCUAGAAUAAUAUUAA